CCUCGUCCUGGCCAUCAACCAGAUCGCCCUUGCCGAGGGUCUCGCGCUCGGAAAGGCCCUCGACAUUGACCCAAGCUCAUGGACAGUAUCUUCAACACGUCUUCGGCUGACGUUUGGUACAGCCCAGUCGUGGUCGUCCAAGGUCAACUCGCCCCUGCCCGAGGUCGAUGGCUCGCCCGGUUCGCGCGGCUACAGCGGCGGUUUCCAGGCCAAGCUCAUGCUCAAGGACGUCGGACUCGCGCUCACUGCCGCGCACGUCCACUCGCUCCCGACACCCCUGACGUGGGCGGCCAAGAGCGUCUACGAUGCCGUGUGCGCCGAGGGCGACGGAUCGAUGGCGUCCAAGGACUUUUCAGUGGUGUACGAGUGGCUGAACCAGAAGCGCGCCGAGGGAGUCGAGCAGGGAUGGAAGGACGGCGGCGGGAUCCCUCCUGUGAGCAAGUGA